CAGCACAGAGGACAAACAGGGUCUCAGGCAGAGGAGAGUCUCUAGAAGAGGAGAGUUCAGAUACAGUGAUGCCACCACUCUGUGCUGUUCUUCUGCUUUUCAGCAAAGUCUAUGGCCUAUUUGGGGAGAAUGUUGUGCAGCCUGACGGUCUGGUGACAGCUCAGCUUGGAGAAACUGUGAUGCUCCGGUGUUUUUUUCCUGUGCGAGCUGUGCCCAAUUUCAGCUGGUUAAAGCAACCUCUUGGACAGGAGCCUCAGCUAUUAGCAAGGAUAUGGAACUAUGAAUCAGAUCCCACAUUUUACAAUGAGUUUAAAAACAGUAAACGCUUUAGUGCUAAAGCAGCAAAGGGGAGCUUUAACCUGACUGUGUCAGGAGUAGAGCUGUCGGAUUCAGCCACAUACUACUGCGCUCUUACAGUCGUCAGAGAGCUCAGCUUUGGAGAUGGAACCACUUUAAUGGUGACGGAUGGCCUAUUCGGGGAGAAUGUUGUUCAGCCUGAAGCGCUGGUGACAGCUCAGCUUGGAGAAACUGUGAUGCUCCGGUGUUUUUUUCCUGUGCCAGCUGUGCCCAAUUUAAGCUGGUUUAAGCAGCCUCUUGGACAGAAGCCUCAGCUAUUAGGAAGGAUACGGAGCUAUGAAUCAGAUCCCACAUUUUACAAUGAGUUUAUAAACAGCACACGCCUCAGUGCUAAAGCAGCAAAGGGGAGCUUUAACCUGACUGUGUCACGAGUAGAGCCGUCGGAUUCAGCCACAUACUACUGCGCUGUUAUAGUCAACAGAGAGAUCAGCUUUGGAAAUGGAACCACUUUAAUGGUGACGGGGUCAGAGUCACACAGCAGGACAAUAGUACUGCAGCAGCUCGAGUCAGUGCAGCCAGGAGACUCUGUGACUCUGCAGUGUACAGUACACACUGAGACCUGUGCAGGAGAACACAGUGUGUACUGGUUCAGACAGGGCUCAGGAGAGUCCCCUCCAGGAAUCAUUUCCACCCAUGGAACCAGGAGUGAUGAGUGCCAGAGGAGCUCUGGGGCUGUGUCUCCCACACAGAGCUGUGUCUACAACUUCCCCAAGAGGAACCUCAGCUCCUCUGAUGCUGGGACUUACUACUGUGCUGUGGCCACCUGUGGGGAGAUCCUGUUUGGGAACGUGUCCAAGCUGCACUUUGAGGCGAAUGGACAUCUUCCUCUUUAUUGCUUGGCGGGAGCUUUGACGUUGAGCGUGGUCCUAAAUAUUGUCCUCGCUCUGAACAGGAGAAAAAACUGUGAGAACUGCAAAGCUAAGAGACAAAUUUAUCAAUGUGUGCUAUAAGUCACAAGAUUGUUGUUUUUUUUUUUACAAUGUAUUUACUAUAGAAUAUUUGGUCAAUCAAAUCAGACUAGUAUAAAACAUACAGGAUCAUAAAACUCAAUAUCAUAAAGGAUGUCAAACUAAAAAUGUGCACUGUGUUUAGUGUUUGUGUAAAAUAAUUGGUUUAGGGUUAGGGUUGAGGUUGGCAAUGAAUUUGUCAUGUAAGGCCAUUUCAUGAAUAGCAUGCAGAAAUGCGUACAGAAACUUCACCUUGCUUUACAGAACUGUCGCAUACAGUCGGGGGGCAGUUCUGUAAAACUAGGUGAAGUUGCUCCAUUGGUGCAGAUGGCUGUCCCCCUCUACCUUUACUUAUGUGCAACAUAUGCACACAUACAGUAUUACAUGUGAAAGCAAGCCAGAUCUCAC